GUCACUGUGAGAAGCCUGAGCUGGUGUCUGGGAGGGGUGAGAGAGAGGAAGAAUACACAGAGCCUGGUCUGGUGUCUGGGAGGCAACGUAUCUCCCAACAUGAUAUCUCAACCUCAUUUCUAAUAUUUAUUUUGUCAUGCUUUUUUAUUUUCAAAUGAAAUGACUGGUAUCUCAGCUCCUAUUGGGUUGACAUAAAACAAUAAGAUAGAUGUUCACAGUAACAUACCAAGAUAGAUAGAUCAGUCCUUCAGCCAUGCACCAUCUGCAAAUAACUCAUGACAUUACUAUAUGGAUUUGAUAUGUCUAUGUACAUUGUCGUUUUAUUUCAAUAUAUUUGAUAUGUUAUGCUGUGAUGAUAGUCUCUGACGGUUGUAGGAUGGCUGUGCAGUGCUAGUGAUGUGAAAGUGAUGUCAGCCCAGACGUCCCUGCUGACCGCAGGGCAGGGUGAAGUUAUGAUAACCUCUGGAGCGGAGCGCUGGCUGGGCCGGGCUACCCAGGGGCCAGGGGAGGGCCAGGAAGGAGUCACAGUGUAGGAAGUGUGCCUCCGCGUUUAUAAACAUGGUCCUCAGGGUCACCCUUUACAUAGAUACAGGACUACUGACAAAGAGAAUUUGACUCUGGUUCGUUUUAAACAUUAGUAACCUAAGAGUUUACUCAUUUUGAGGCUUCAGCACUUUUUGAGAGAGCACCAAGAGAGCUUUUUGAAGGAGGGAAAUUCCCCUGAGAAACCAAAGAGACCUCCAUUAACUUUUCAAUACCCUCUUCUUGACCACACCGACAUCCAGCAGACAUGUACAGUGGCAACAGCUACUCACAGGCCAAGUUUGGUCUGGAGGCCAAGGACAUCCACAAGGCAAAGGGAAAGAGCUGCAGCUAUUACAUGAGGGUGGUCUUCUUCUUCUCCUCUCUGAUCCAGUCCCUCAUCAUCGUGAGCCUGGUGCUGUUCCUGGUCUACGGCCAGCCAGAGAAGUCUGCUGAAGAGAGGAGGGUAGAGGAGCUGGAGCAGAGUUUGAACAGGAUCAGCGAGAACAACAUUAACCUGAGGAAGGAUAAAGCUGACCUGGGAGCUGCGCUGGGGGCCAGGAAGGCUGAGAAGACAGCCCUGGAGGGAGAGGUGGCCAUGAUAAAGAAAGCAGCGAAUGCCUCCGGGGAGCAGAUCAGAGCCCUCAUACUGAAAGCGAGCCAGUGUGAAACAGACAAGAAGAAGCUCGAGAUGAGCCGUGCUGCCCAAGUCCGGGGACCCACCACCCCUUUAAUCUUUGCCACUCCUAACACUGAGGUAAAAACCCUCCAGUCUCUGAACUCCCAGCAGGCAGCAAUGAUCAAACUGAUCGAAGCCAACUUCACCCAGACCAGCCAGUACAUCCGCAUCGAGAGGGACAACGCCAUCAAGGACCGUGACGCCCACAACCUUGAGACCAUCUCUAUGCGGAGGGAGAACAUCAACCUGAAGGAACACCUGAAACUCUACACCCAGAAGUGUAAAGAGGACUUUGCCAAGUCUCUGGAGGGAAUCCAAAUGGUGACCAGUAACUUCCUGGUGCGCAUCAACAACCUGUUCCCUCACUCCAUGACCUUUCACCUGACCUGUGAGAAGCAGACAGAGCAGAUGGAGAACAUCAGGGCCAGAUGCUCCAACCUGUCUAAGGAGGUUGAGGACAAAUUCCAGAGAUACCUGGACAACGUGGGGAACAAGGUGGCAAACAUCCAGGUCCAGUCCAGUCGCCUGGAGGUCCAGAACAGCCAUCUGACCCUUGACCUCCAGCAGUGUGUCCAAAACCGCAGCGUGACGGCGGCGGAGGGCAGCAGGCUGCUGUUAGAGAUCCGGGAGAACCACGACAGGCAGGUAGAGAGACUGCUGAAGGAACAGAACCGGCUGAGGGAGGAGAAGAGCCUGCAGGGAGAGAGACUGAUUCUGAGGGAGGCUGAGGUCAAAACACUCAACGGGAAUGUCGAGUCACUCACCACCGCUCUAACCAACUGUAACCCUAAGCUCACCGGCCAAAAGCCUCUCGGACUGAUGUCAGCCUUGAAGGGGGGGCCAUCCAUUGCAGCACCAGUGAUCAGUAAACCCCACAUGGCGAGGUGAGGAGAGACGGGUGUGAGGAAGAUGCCCCACUCACACAGCUCUACCUAGGCCAUGACCGAGUGAGAAAAUGAAGGCACUUACUGUUAUGGUCCCUGGAGAAUUGGGUGUGAUGCCUUUCAGUGAUCAAUGUGUGCUCUUAGACCUUAAAAUGUCCAUGUGUAAAUACUACAGACACUAUAGGUUGUAUCUACUGUCCUACAUCAUGUACACUGAACAAAAAUAUAAUUGCAACAUGUGAAGGUGUCGUUGCCAUUUUUCAUGAGCUGAAAUAAAAGAUCUCAGAAAUGUUCCAUACGAACAAAAAAACGUAUUUCUCUCAAAUUGAGCACAAAUUUGUUUACAUCCCUGUUAGUGAGCUUUUCCCAUUUGCCAAGAUA